GCGCAGCCUCCCCUCUGGCUGCAGCCCGGGGGCCGCCGCGCGCGCCCAGCCACUCCAAGGCGCGCGGAGCUGAAUGACACCCCCGGCAGCCAGUAGGGCGCCGCUCGGAGCAGCUCCCGGCCGGGCCGGGCCCUCCCCAGCGCGCCCGCGCUCGGGCAGAAGCGAAAGCAGCGGCCCUGCGCGGGCGGAGGGCGGAAGCGUCGCGCCCCGCCCCGCCCCGCCCACGCCGCCGGCUCUAGGGGCCGGAGGGGCGGACGGAGCGCGGGCUCCUCCGGGACCCCUGCUCUUGCCAGUCUGCCCCCCGCAGCCAGGGGCCAGGCGGGUGGCGCCAUCGCCAUGCUGCUCCAGCUGAGCGCCGACUUCGAUCUCCAGAGCGAUGUGGUCCCGUGGCUCUGGGCGCAAGGUCCGGCAGCGGCUCUAGACACUUUUGAGAAGAGUGCAGCAAAACCGUACAUAGUAAAUGUUGAAAGAAAUGGAAAAAUUAUUUAUACCUGGAAGGGAAGUGGGAGAAAUACCUGCAUUGGAUUAUAUGAUCCUCUUAAUAAACAAAAUGAGCAUCUGUAUACCUUUGAAAAAGAUCUACACAUAAUCAGUUGUUCAAUCAACAAUGAAAAGACAUUACUAGCAGUCAGUUUUCUUCAGUCAACAAAGGAAGAAAGAGUAAAUCAGCUACUGCAGCCAGUAUCUAAGUGUUUGACCUUGGUCAUUGAAAUUCACCCAAUUAAUAACGUAAGAGUCCUAAAGGCUGUGGAUACCUGUAUCAGAGUACAGUUUCUCUAUCCAGUUGCAAACAGAAAUCCUUUUCCAGAAAGCCAUCUCUUACUAAUUUCAGAAGAUAAAUAUAUUGAACAAUUUCACAUUCAUGUUGUCACAGAAGAUCACCACAAAGUGGUGUUUCAAAACUCAGGCCAGCUCCCAAGAGACAGAGUUGCAGAUGAUCUUAUUUGGGCACAAUGGGAUAUGAUAGAACAAAGGCUCUUCUACAUUGUUCCAAAGGAAUCAAGGAAUAUCUUAAAAUGUGUCCAGUUUUAUCCUGAUGAAAACUUUAAUUUAAUACUUGAAGCACCCCUGGACAUCUCUUUAAGAGACAUAGGAUUAAAAUUUGUGAAUUUUGGAUAUGAUUACUCUCAAGACCAAGAGAUGGAACCUAGAUCUCUGAAUCUGCAAGUUUUUACCAGUAAAACAGGAAGUUUUUGUCUGUGUUGUAGUCAGGCUCCUGAUAUUCCUAAGGAGGUCACAUACUCAGUUUCUUUUUUACAUAAAGGUUACAGCAAAACCUUUACAGUUGCUCUACAAAGAACAGAUUACCCACAAGUGAAGGAAGUAGCUUUUUUGAAUCUCGACUAUUAUGUGGCUGUUUAUUUGCCUGGCCACUUUCUACACCUUCUCAAUACUCAACAUCCUGACCUGAUGUGCUAUAAUUUGUUUCUGACAGGUGAGGAUGCGAGAAUCAACAUGCUGCACAAAAGUUCCAUCCAGUCCCCAUUCAAGUCUGCCGUCUGGGACUGCUGCUCAGGAAGAACGUUUACUGUGAGAAUAAAUGAGUGCUCCUUGAUGCAGUUCCUCUGGAACAGCAAACUGGACAGUGAUAGACUGGCAGCGCUGCACUGUGCUCUUCUACAUGUCAGAAAUACAACAGAUUUGGAAAUGCAGAUUAUUCAGUGGAUUUCUGAGAACCUGUCAACAUGUUAUACAUUUGACCCGUUACAGGAAUUUAUCAUUGCUUCCCUAUACUGGACAGUGUGUCCAGAGACUAGCAAACUGGAUAAACUUUUGCCAUAUACAUCACUACUGUACUGGAAUGGGAUUAUCCCUGAAAUAACAUGCAUAACAGACAUUAUUUCUUUACCUGAAUUAAAGGUUCACAAUUGUAAAGACUUUUGGGAAAAGCUAACGUUAAACCUGGAGUGUGUGAAAUAUGCUGAGCCACGCUUGCAUUACAACAACAACGUGCUCAGGAGAGAAUGGUAUAAGCUACUUUCAGACAAGAAAGCAGAGGAAAGAAGAACCACAACGUAUUUGAGGAAUAUUUUUGAGAAUGCAAAAAAGGUUCUUUCCAAUCUUGCUUCAUGGAACUUGGAGGAAAGGCUAGUUCCUCUCUUUCAAGAGGAAGACUACCAGCAGCAAUUAUUAAUUGGACUAAUGGUUGCUCAGUUGAAAGAUCAUCUUAUGAGGCAUCUACAAUAUGUAGGAAAAAUGAAGAUUGACCAGAUAGUUCUGGACUAUGUUUCAAAACUGCUGGAUCUGAUCUGUCGGAUAAUGGAAGCUGUUUGGAGGAAAUACAGUCUUCAGUCCUGCGUUCUCUGCUUGGACGAGCGAGGAAGCGUGGCAGAGUUUUCAGCUUUCCACAUCAUGAGUCGGAUUCUAGAAGCUGCCAAUGGAAUGUGUAUGCCCCUGCCUCCUGGUUUUCAUACGUUGCACACGGGGCUUGGAGUUAGAUGUCUGCCUUUGCAUACCCUGCUGCAUUACAUUGAUAAUGGGGUGUUGCAGCUGACUGAGACAUGCGCUAUAAAACUUUUGAAAGAUCUGGACAACACUGAGAAGAAUGAAAAGCUAAAAUUCAGUAUCUUUACAAGACUUCCUGAGGCAAUUGGUCACAAGGUCACUCAGCUGUGGAAUCAUCCUGUCAACUCUAAUUUUAUUGCAAGGAACUCUGUUAAACUUUUGCUUGAUAAACUUAGGAACAGACAGCGUAACAGACCAGUGGUGGACAGACUGUCUGUUCAUGUAGAGUUUCUGCCCCUUAACUACUUAGUUGAUAUGCUGGCAGAGGUAGAGGAUCAAGGUCUGAAUCCAUUUGAGGAAGAAGACAAUGUGAAUGCAAAGUUUGUAGAGGAAACAGCACUGAAACACACCAUGAUGCUUUUAGGCCUGUAGUACUGCUAAAAUAUAUUGUGUUAAUUCAAAAAACAAGUCAGUCUUGCUACAUAUAUCAACAUUUCAACAAGCAUAUUUGCAACUAAAAUUCCAGGGUUUAAUACUUCUCAAAAAUUGUUAAUAUUUAGAAAACAAAUGCUCCCAGUUUUCAGCUGCAACCAUUAACUAGUAAAAAGCUGCACAAAAUAAUAUAUGCUCUACUCUACUCAUGCAUGUAUUGAGCAGGACUAGACUGAAAUUGCAGACUUGCUAGUAAAUACAAGGAAGAUGAAGGAUUGGAGCUGGUGG